AUGAAGAGGUCAACUGCUAUAGGGAGUGGAAGUAGUAACCCUGUUAAGAAAGCAUUUAACAUUGGGGCUCGAGAACGAUUAAAUGACGAGAUAGUUAGAAUGUUUUAUUUAGCAGGCUUGCCAUUUCAUUUGGCAAGAAAUCAUUACUAUGUUAGUGCAUUUACUUUUGCUGCAAAUAACAACAUACAAGGAUAUGUACCGCCUGGGUUGUUAGCCCCUAUUCGAGGCCCAUGGAGAGAGAAGGGUGUGAGUAUAGUCAGUGAUGGAUGGAGUGAUUCCCAACGAAGGCCAUUAAUAAAUUUUAUGGCUGCUACCGGAGGUGGGCCUAUGUUUGUUAAAACGGUUGAUUGUUCAGGGAAAACAAAGGACAAUUAUUUUAUUUCCAACUUGAUGAAGGAAGUAAUCCUGAAGGUUAGGCCUAAAAAUGUGGUUCAAGUCAUUACAGAUAAUGCCCAAAUUAAUGUGGAAAAUAAUUCAGUUGCAUUUGAAGAGUUUAAUUGGAUUAGUGAGAUUGUGGGUGAUGUGAUGAUGAUCAAGAAUUUUAUUUGUAAUCAUUCCAUGAGGUUGGCAAUGUGCAAUGAGUUUGUGAGUUUGAAGCUUCUUUCAGUUGCCGAGACACGCUUUGCUUCUUCCAUUGUCAUGCUUAAGAGGGUCAAGUUGAUAAAGCAAGGUAUCCAAACAAUGGUAACCAGUGACAAAUGGAAUUGUUAUAUGAAUGAUGAUAUUGGUAAGGCCAAGUUUGUGAAUGAUAAGUUGUUGGAUGACUUUUGGUGGAAUCAAGUCGACUACAUACUUUUCUUUGAUGCUCCUAUUUAUGACAUGAUUAGAGUUUGUGACACCGAUAGACCUUCUCUUCACUUUGUUUAUGACAUGUGGGAUACAAUGAUAGAAAAAGUGAAGAUGGUGAUAUAUAAGCAUGAAGGAAAGCUACUAGAAGAAGAGUCUACAUUCUAUAAUGUAGUACAUCAAAUUCUUGUAGACCGGUAUUAUAAUGAUGUGUGGCUUCGUGAGGAUCCAAGCCGAGUUCCCCCACAUAGGGAUGAGGAGGUUUGCCUUGAGAGAAAAAAGUGCUUGAAAAGGUUCUUUGAUGAUCCAAUGGAGCGCACUAGAGCAAAUUUGGAGUAUGCCAAGUUCUUAACCAAAGAGGGGCCAUCUGCUGACAUUGAUCCAUUGGAGAUAGAUGUGAUAUGGAUCCUCAUAAUUGGUGGGUUGUUCAUGGUGCAUUUGCACAUACUCUUCAAUCUUUGGCUUUAA